AGUGUUCCUUCAGUAACUUGCAGCACGAAAUCCUGAGCUCGCGAUCGACAUUAUUGGUCGAUGGUCGAUGGUCGAUGGUCGAUUUCAAUGCCUCAUCAAUGUACACACGGAUUGCCUCCGAUUUCCAUGCAGGAUCAUCCACCUUCCUCAUCUGUCGAGCCCGACCCAUCUCGGAAGCAUCAUUCCCAAGAGCCAAUCUAGGGACAUCGCCGUCUUUGGCAAACCAAACAAGUGCCGAUGGCGGUCAUCUGAAAGUGCGGGGCAAAUACUCUUCGGAUUUUCCAGUAAUGCCGGCUAUUCUGAGCCUGCCACCAAUGCAACAUGGCCAACCACGUGUCGUAGCACUCUUUCUCGUCCGCAGGCCAUCACUUUCCCAGAUGAGAAGUUCAUCCUCUCUGUGUUCUUCCGCUAGAGAUUGCUGCCAGUUUCUGUCUUGAUCGUCCAUCAAUCUCAUUGUCACACUCGCAACGCCAAUGGCCACCAUGGCGCCGUGGCUAGGACCACAACGUAAAUCAUGGUGCAACCACCCUGUGGACGCUUGACCCAUUUGAGCGCAUACUUGAUAGUAGACAGAGGAGAGCCGUCGAUCGGCAAGUACUGCAGACCGCCCUACGUCCUCUGGCUGACUCCACCUGUCAGA